UCUUCGUUUAAUCUGCUCCAGUACGCCGGCCGGGUUUAGCAAGGUUAGCUAGAACAAGUGUCUUAAAUCGCCUUGUCCUUAAAAAUGUCUCACCCAACACCGUCUGACAAGCCUACAAACCCCGAAAACCCUCGUGUCUUCUUCGACGUAGACAUUGGUGGCGAAAGAGCUGGCCGGAUAGUUUUGGAGCUGUUUGCCGAUAUCACCCCCAAGACGGCUGAAAACUUCCGGGCACUCUGCACUGGAGAGAAAGGCAUUGGCAAAUCGACUGAGAAACCGCUGCACUUCAAAGGAUGCCCGUUCCACAGAAUCAUCAAGAAGUUCAUGAUCCAAGGAGGUGACUUCUCCAACCAUAAUGGCACCGGGGGUGAGAGCAUCUACGGGGAGAAGUUUGAGGAUGAAAACUUCCACUACAUGCAUGACAAAGUGGGUCUGCUGAGCAUGGCCAACGCCGGGCCGAACACCAAUGGCUCACAGUUCUUCAUCACUACUGUCCCCACGCCUCACUUGGAUGGCAAGCACGUAGUCUUCGGACAGUUGGUGAAAGGGAUGGGAGUGGUAAAAAUGCUGGAGACCAUUGACACUAAGGAUGAUGUCCCCGUAAAGCCAUGCAUCAUAGCCGACUGUGGUGAGCAUAAGGACGGAGACAUCUGGGGCACUGCACCAAACGAUGGAUCAGGGGACGCCCACCCAGACUUCCCCGAGGACUCCGACAUUGACUUUAAAGAUGUCGACAAAGUUCUGUCUGUUGCUGACGACGUGAAGAAUAUUGGAAACAGUCUUUUUAAGAAUCAAGACUGGAACUCUGCAGUCAACAAAUACAGCAAAGCUCUCAGGUACUUGGAGGCGAGUGGAGAUCAGCUGGAGGAGGAGGCGCAGCAGAAGCUGGAGCCCACAGCCCUCAGCUGCUUCCUCAACACAGCGGCAUGUAAGCUGAAGAUGCAGCUGUGGCAGGACGCUCUGGACAGCUGCAAUGAGGCUCUAGAGCUGAGCCAAACAAACACGAAGGCACUUUUCCGAAGGGCCCAGGCCUGGCAGGGGUUAAAGGAAUACAGCAAAGCCAUGAUUGAUCUGAAGAAAGCUCAGGAAAUAGCUCCAGAAGACAAAGCUAUCAGCAAUGAGAUGAAGAGAGUCCAGCUUAAAGUCCAGGAGGAGAAGGAGAAAGAAAAGAAAAUCUAUGCCAAAAUGUUUGCCUGAACAUUUCACCUCAUAAUGCAAUGAAUUCUUGUUAACAAUUAUCAAUGUUUGAAGUCGUGUACACGGGAAGCUGCACACUGAGAUAAAGAGUCUGUAACCAGGUGAAAGUGUACAGUAUUUUCAGUUGGCAGGUCCUUUCCUGUUUUCCAGCUGGCACAUUUCAGUCUGUAUUGUCACACGGGAAUAUCUGUUGUAAGCUUUGACCUGUCUUAGUUCUGACAAGUGUCUUCACUGUAAUGAUUAGUUGCAUGGCUGACCCCACUGCUCUGAAAAACUGGGUUAACGCUGGUCUUUGUUCUGGAGUUUUGAGGUAGUUCAGCAAAGUUGUGUAUGUAGUAUUGUUUCAUGGUAGGGAUUUUGAUACAGUGCCCUUGGACACAUACAGUACAUCUUUUUGUUUUUAUUUAUGUUUUUUUACAGAGGUCAAUAAAAGGGAUAACAGUCAAGUGUUCUUUAUUGAUUACUGUGAUAUCAUGUAAUGUUAUGUACAAUACUGUGCAGAUCAAAUGCUGUCAAAAUAUACCUGCAAUAAUGCUGAAAUAAAUCUUAAUUUGAGAACAA